AUGUCAAAAACACCAGAUGCAGUCACACACUUUAACCCAAGAGAGUUGUCAACACCAAACAAGGACUUCCCAGGAGUGUCGAAAACAGUUUUCACUCAUGUGUCCCGUUUACAUGAAUUAUUGAAUGACUGGCGAAAAAUAAAAGAUAAGGGAGUGAAACUAUGUAGAGCUAUAUCUAGUUUAAAGUUGUUUGAAUGUGAAGAUGAUUAUUUUCCUCACCAGUUAAAACCAAUUAUGGAAAGUCUUGUUGAUGCUUUAGAAAGCUUGAAGGAUAUUGUUAAUGGUGUGACGAUAAUUGAUGGGCAGUUGCAAGCGUUAGCCAAGUUGCAGCAAACAGACGAACCGGUCAUACUUACUUGGACAGUCAAAAAAAUUUCUGAUACAGUUGGGAACAUAUCAGCAUCCAUACAAAAAGAGUAUGAACUGAAGAAAGUGGUAACAGAAAACGUAGCACAUUGCAGAGAUGAGAAACUAAUAGAUGUUUAUAUCAGUUCAUGGGAAUUGGAACCUUAUUUCGAACCUAAUGCUUACCUAUUUGCGGAAAUAGGUCUUCCUACUAUUAUUUAAAAUAAAAAGUUUUAUUAAUAAUGAAUUUCUAUCGUUUUAUUCACACAUGAUCACAUCAUAUU